AUGGAUGUCAAUUCAAAUACUUCGUCUAUAAAGCUUGAAGGACACGUGCAGGUGGAGCGCUACAGAUAUCUGUAUUUCACUGUGAUGUUGUUAGUUUAUGCUCUGAUCCUCUGCAGUAAUUUCAUGCUUGUCUUCCUCAUCGGCUUCGAGAAAAGCCUCCAUGAGCCCAUGUACGUCUUCAUUGCUGCUUUGUCACUGAACUCGGUUUUUUUCAGCACUGCGAUCUACCCAAAGCUUCUCACUGACUUUGUGUCUGAGGAACAAAUCAUAUCUUACACAGCUUGUCGAGUUCAAUACUUCAUGUUUUACUCACUGGGCGGGUCAGAGUUCUUGCUGCUGGCAGCUAUGGCUUAUGACAGAUAUGUCUCUAUCUGUAAGCCUCUGCAAUACCCGGCCGUCAUGAGGAAAGCCACCGUCAGCGCCCUGCUGCUGCUGGCCUGGCUGCUGCCUGCCGGCCAGGUGGCGGUGCUUCCCAUCGUCUACGUCAACAGCAGACUCUGCAGCUUCGCUCUGAAAGGAAUCUUCUGCAAUAAUUCCACCAAGUAUCUGUACUGCGUGAGUCCCAGAGCACUGUCCAUAUAUGCUGCAGUCAUUUUAGUGAAUAUCGUGGUUUUUCCCAUUCUCUUCAUAUUUUUCACGUAUGCCAAGAUAUUUGUCAUUGCUCGGCAGAACAGCGAAGUGAGGAGGAAAGCGACGCAGACCUGUCUGCCUCACCUGUUCGUCCUCAUCAGCUUUUCCUGCUUCUGUGCGUACGACGUCAUCGCGGCCUCGCUGGAAUCCGAUUUUCCAAAGAUUGUCCGUUUGAUCAUGACUUUGCAGAUCAUCACCUAUCAGCCUCUGCUGAAUCCCAUCAUAUACGGACUGAAGAUGAAGGAAAUCUCUAAACGCCUCAAGAAGCUGCUCUGCAGAGUGAAACACAGCUGA